AUGGGCCGGAAGCAUGCACCACAGCCGCUGACGCUGUCUGAAUCUCAAGCCUCCUCCGACCAGCCUGAAGACGUGCCGCGCUCUGCUGAAACCCUCGCCUCUGCCGUUCCUCCAAGCGCUGGCUCUAAAUCGCAAUCCUCUCCCAGAUCUCCGCGCUCUCCCUUUAGGUUCACUCCGAAAAGGCCCAGCGCAAGUGGCAAGCAGUCUCUCCAGUUGACCGACGAGCAUCGAAACUUUCAAGACCAGGACGACGACGAAGACCUCGAACAGUAUCAAGCCAUCUCCUCCGCCCUCCACCGCGCCUCCGAAGACACGCCCCCUCGCCAGCAUCAUCAGCACAACCCCAUCAGCCCUCGUCAACAACAGCACCGCCCCGACGAGCCAUCCCGAAGACCCUCCAAAGCCGCCGGCUUUUUCUUCAAUUUCACAAAGUCUGCCAACAAAUCGUCCCAUUCUCUCGUCUCCCCCGCGCAGUCGCCCUCACACCCUCAGCGCCAGCACCAGCAACACCAACAGAGCCCGAUCCAGUAUCCUGACUCGAGAGGCGAAAGUAUGUCGAGGGGCCCCGACAAUGCUCCUCCCAUGAGCAACCAACCCACCCAACCUUUAGUCGCUGACCCGUAUGCCAUUUCACCAGCAGAUCCGUCCUAUGCUGAGCACUCCGUCCAAAAGCCCGCACCCACCCUGCCGUCCCGCUCCGACGUAUCUUUAGCCUCUGCUGCCGACUACGAUACUUCUACCGCCCAACCCUCCUCGUCCAAGAAGUCCAAAUCGAAGCCAUUUGGUCUUCUAAGCCGCAGCAAGUCGCUUCGCGACAAGGACGGCUCAAGCUCUCGAGACAAGCAACCCAGCCCGGUGCCCGUAUCGAUUGUCGAACCCGAACCGUCGCACACCUCGACGAGCCGUAACCACUCGCUCAACAAUACCAGCACUGGACCCGAAAGGUCUGCCAGAGAAAUGGUGAACUCUACCGGGCGGAAUCGCUCGGAAGACCGCGCGUCGCCCCGGGAAAUGAGCCACAAGGACAAUCAUAGGGAAAAGGACCACCACCCUCGGCAAAACUCGUCUUCACAAAAUGGUGGCUUUUUCGGAGGACUGAAGAGUGGCAGAGACAUUAUUAGCAACCGGUUAUUCGGCAAGGGUGGCCGUAGUGGAAGCACGACGGAGAGGGAGCCUGUCAUCGACGAUGAGCACUACACGCUCAAGACAAUCAAUCUGCCUCUGGUCGAGCAGACGCGUCGCACACGCAUCUCGAAGCGCUUGGAGGAUUCAAGAGACAAGACGGAGUUUUGGAUGCCCGCUUUCCCGUGGCGCGCGAUCGACUACUUGAACUAUAAGGGCUGUGAUGUGGAAGGCUUGUACCGUGUGCCUGGCAGCGGGCCGCAGAUCAAGAAAUGGCAGAGGAAGUUUGACGAAGAGUACGAUGUAAACCUCUUCGAACAGCCGGACCUCUAUGACAUCAACAUCAUAGGCUCCAUGCUCAAGGCUUGGCUGAGAGAGCUUCCCGAUGAGCUAUUCCCUAAGGCGGCCCAGGAACGAGUUGCGAGAGAAUGCGCCGGCUACGAAACCGUGCCCCCACUAUUGGUCGAAGAGCUGUCGAACCUCUCGCCAUUCAACUACUACCUUCUUUUCGCAAUCACCUGCCACCUCAGUUUGCUCCUGGCGCAUUCCGACAAGAAUAAGAUGGACUUUAGGAAUCUCUGCAUUUGCUUCCAGCCAUGCAUGAAGAUUGACGCAUUCUGUUUCAGAUUCUUGGUCUGCGACUGGCGCGACUGCUGGAAGGGCUGCAAGAACGAGGCAAAGUUCAUUGAGCAGGAAUAUCAACUAUUCGAUCAGCCACCCCCAAAAGGCCUCUCGGAACCGCGCAAGCCGUCUCGUGAGACGAGCGAGGAGCCUGCGGCCCCCGUAGCGCAGGAAGAACCCGCUCCUGUGACGUUGGACGAUCGCGCGGCAUCGUUUUCGGAAAGCAGUAAGCAGUCCAGCAUUGUCACUGAGCAGCAGACCAAGGAGAAAGACAGACGGCUAAAAAAAAAGCCCAUCCAACUUUCUGAGUCAAACGGCAGCGUCGCAUCCAACUCGACGAUGGGUACGACGCUGACGAUUGACAGCGGCCGUGAGCCACGGGGCUCGAAUGACUUGCGGCCCUUGUCACCCAUCAAACCCCUUUCACCACUCGGCUUCUAA